UUGUGCCGAUAAUAAAGAUCUUCGUGGCUAUAGUGUGGCCACAAUAACCACUCGCGUCGAGAAACACUCAGUCACAGCUAUGGAAGAGAAGGAGAAUAUAUACCGGAAUCGAGCCGUCAGUACAAUGAAAAUUGGCGAACAAUUUAAUUACGAAACAUACCAUAAAUUGGAUGAAAUUUACGCCGAAUUAAAACUAUUGUCACAACUGUUUGCAAACAUAACGACAUUGUUUUCGCUGGGAUUGACGUACGAAGAGCGACACAUCUAUGCCAUUAAAAUUGCCACAAAUGAUAGCAACAAAAUCAUUGUGUUUGAGUGCGGUAUUCACGCCCGCGAAUGGAUUUCACCGGCUAUUUGUUUAUAUUUCAUCCGGCACUUAGUCCAUGAGAGGUCCUGGCUACUUAACCAAUAUCAAUUUGUUAUUGUGCCCACAAUUAAUCCGGACGGUUAUGAAUUCACGUGGACUGAAGACAGUUGGGACACAAAACACUUUUGCCAACACAAGUCGUCAAACGAUUCGUGCAAUUAUGACAUCGCGUGUGGAAAGAAGCCCUUCUCGGCUCAGGAGACAAAAGCGUUAAGCAAUUAUUUGACUCAAAUAUCGCACAAAAUGAUCGCGUAUUUCGCGUUUCACUCUUACGGCCAGAUCUGGACGUAUCCCUACAGCUAUACAGACUGUCAACCAAACGUUUCCUCCGGUAUAAGCAAUGAUUGGGUUUACGAUAAAUUGGGCGUUAGAAUCAAUUUUGCGGUUGAGUUACGAGACCUAGGUCAGUAUCAUUUUUUGCUACCGGGAUGGCAAAUAAAGCCCACCGCCGAAGAGGUUUGGGCCGGCAUUGAAGCCAUUUUUGCACAUUUGUCUCAAUCCGAAGACAUGUGGUUCAGAUCCGCCGCACAAACACAUAUUGUUCAACACUUUCUCAUUUCCUCUUGUACAUUUACCCAAGGCGAUUUGGCGAGAAAGAAACUGAUGCCAACUUUAUUCGCACUCUAUCUCAAGAAACUAUUGCCACAAAACAUUCAUAUCAUUGGUUACGCGCGCUCUAAGAAAACGGUCGACGAUAUCCGCCGCUCUGUCGACCCGUAUGUGGCCCUCAAAGACAACGAAGAGAGAACCAAAUACGACCAGUUCUGGCAAAUCAAUCAAUACAUUGCGGGAAAUACCGAUAAUACGAGUGAUUAUAUGGCAGUAGACAGUCAUUUGAAGAAAAUAGAGUCCUAUUAUGAUGUGUCCCACAGACUCUUCUACUUAGCCCUUCCGCCCAGUGUUUACGCCGUCACCGCUUCGGCACUUCAGUCGACACUUAUGUCGCAAACUGGUUGGAGUCGACUGGUGUUUGAGAAGCCGUUCGGUCGCGACAGCCAAUCCUCUGACCAACUGUCGGAAGCGCUGUCCAAACUGUUCUCUGAGGACCAACUCUAUCGCAUUGACCACUAUUUGGGCAAAGAGAUGGUGCAGAAUAUUAUGGCCAUUAGAUUUUCAAACACAUUAUUCAAAUACAACUGGAAUAAUGAGUCCAUUUCUAGCGUUGAGAUACUGUUUAAGGAGCCGUUCGGCGCACAGGGAAGGGGCGGCUAUUUUGAUCAGUUCGGUAUCAUUAGGGAUGUCGUGCAAAAUCAUUUGCUACAAGUGCUGUGUUUGGUCGCUAUGGACAGACCCGCCGCUAAUGAUGCCAAUAAGAUCAGGGAUGAGAAGGUUAAAUUAUUGAAACAAAUAGAGGUAUUGGAUGUGAAGGACAUUGUUUUGGGUCAAUACGUGGGAAAUCCUAAAGGAGAGGGCGAGUCAGCGCUCGGGUAUUUAGACGACCCGGGAGUGCCGGCCGACUCGACCGCAGCCACGUUUUCGUUAGUAGUUUUGCACAUCAAUAGCGACCGCUGGCGAGGCGUCCCUUUCUUCAUACGCUCGGGAAAGGCUCUCAACGAGAGUCGGGUUGAGGUUAGGGUUGAGUUCAAGGGUUACGAUCAGAGCAGUGACCUCUUUGGCGGUCAAUCCAAACCCAAUCGGAUUGUGUGGCGAUUGCAGCCAAACGAAGCAAUCUAUCAACGGAUCAAUAUUAAGCGCCCGGGACUCGGCUUUGCCCUCGAGGAGACUGAACUCGAUCUCACCUACUCUACUAGAUAUCACAGAGCCGUAUUGCCGGACGCGUACGAGAGGCUAUUGAUGGAUGUGUUGGACGGAUCUCAGGUUAACUUUGUCCGUACGGAUGAGUUGAGUGAGUCGUGGCGUAUAUUCACGCCUUCACUUCACUAUAUCGAUGAACAUAGAGUACAGCCCUUUAAGUAUGUGUUCGGCUCGAGCGGACCCCCGGAGGCCGACCGCCUUCAGGCUAAAUACCGACUAUGU